GAGAUCAAGCUGAUAGUGUUUCGGACAAAAAAUUACAAACUCCGUGAUAACCAGAGAUCUGUGAGCUAGGGUUUCUUCAAAUCACCAAAAAAAGAAAAAAAAAAUCAAGAUGUGGUUGCUUGAUUCAAUCUUAAAUUGGCUCCGGAGCUUGUUUUUUAAACAGGAAAUGGAGCUUUCCCUUAUUGGCCUUCAGAAUGCUGGAAAGACAUCUCUUGUCAAUGCAAUUGCAACAGGUGGCUACCACGAAGACCAGAUUCCAACUGUAGGUUUUAACAUGCGUAAAGUCACAAAAGGAAAUGUGACCAUAAAACUGUGGGAUCUUGGAGGACAGCGGAGGUUUCGAACAAUGUGGGAACGAUACUGUCGUGGUGUCUCUGCAAUUUUGUAUGUAGUCGAUGCUGCUGAUUGGGACAGUGUUCCUAUAGCGAAAAGUGAACUGUUUGAUUUGCUGGCAAAACCGUCUUUACAUGGGAUUCCCCUUCUUGUUGUUGGCAACAAGAUAGACAAAUCCGAAGCUCUUCCAGAGCACGCAUUAGUUGAGCAACUUGGUCUGAAGGAAUUACAGGACAGGGAUGUCUGCUGCUACAUGAUCUCAUGCAAGGACUCCAUCAAUAUCGAUGCGGUUAUUGACUGGCUAAUCAAGCACUCGAAGACUGCAUCAAACUGAUAUCUAGCCUUGGUAUUUAAGGAGAAUAUGAUGUUCCAGUGUCAGAUAUUGGUUGUCAGUCGGAGAGAUUGUUCCUGAAGAAACUUCUUGUUGUUAAUUUAUUUGUACAGCCGUUCAUCUUUGUGUCUAUAACUAUUGUCUUUUUAUCAAUUGUGAAAAAACUACCAUAUUAAGCUUGAUACUUCUUUUUA